UGGCGGUGGGAGAGUCACAUUGGGCGACGACAACCAUGAACGGAGACGGCGGGAACGAAGCGAGGACGCCGCCACAAGCGCUGUCCGCCAUAGGACGGGCCCUUUACGAAACGUCCCUCUCGACAACGUCAAACCUCCCCAGCCACAAGCAACAACCGACACAACCUGACGGCACCGUCGCGACGACGCCGGCGGCCAAACGCGAGCGUGCGGACAGUCUGAAACAGAUGCUUCCGCCACCCGCGGCCCAACGAGCCAAGGGAAAGGGACACAAGCCGAGUCCCAUCGUGACGGCCAACCUCGAUCACGCCCCGGCCGUGACAAUAAGCUCUGCCCGCGGUGGCGACAAAAGCAACCCGCGACGGUGGUCCAAGGUGGAAGAUGAGUCCCUUCGACUUGCUGUCGAACGAAGCGGCGAACGAAACUGGAAAGCUAUUGCAGACCAAGUUGCCGGUCGCAACCACACACAAUGCCUCCAGCGAUGGACCAAAGUCCUCAAACCCGGCCUCAUCAAGGGACACUGGACCCCCGAAGAAGACGCGAAACUUCGCACGCUUGUGGCUGAAGGUCGCAAGAACUGGGGGCAGGUGGCGUCGCACAUCCCAGGCAGAACGUCAAAGCAGUGCCGGGAGCGGUGGUGCAACCACUUGGACCCCAACAUCAACAAAGGGAACUACACGCGGGAAGAAGACCAGCUGAUCGUGGACAUGCAAGCCAAGCUCGGGAACCGAUGGAGCGUGAUCGCACAACAGCUUUCCGGCCGGACCGAAGAUGCCGUCAAGAUUCGGUGGAAGUCGCUCAUGCGGACGCGUCGAAGCUCCCGUGGGAACGAAGACGACGAUGACAGCGUCUCGGAUGACGUGGACGAUCCAUCGCAGGCCAAACCAUUGUCCACCAAAGCGCUCGACAAACUGCAGCCACAAGUCGUCGCCAAGGCGCGGUCAGCACCCGUCAAACCACCCCCGAGUCAGAUCAAAGCCUCGUCGACGCAACCAUCGCACCACCACCCACCCAUGGCCUCCUCCGCGCCACCUGUCCCUACCACCACACAUUUACGACAACCGCCUGACUCGACGGUGCCCCAUCACCCAACGUACCCAGCGGCACCGACAGGACAGACUAGCAGCAUGCGCCCGCCCACUGCCGACUUUUUGCACGAGCAGCACUCGCGUCCACCAGGGACGCCCCACCCACCAUUCAGCUCGUACAGUGGCCCCCGGCACGACCUGCGGCAGCCGCUGUCUAGCAAUCCCCCUUUUGUUCACACUCAGCAAUUCCAUCCGCCUUCCACAUCCGUGUACAAGUCGCCUUCGUAUCCUCGAAUGCCGUUCUCCAUGCCGCCACCACCGUACCCUAUGCAACAUCCAAACCACCCCUACGAUCCAGCGUACCCUGCUUCUGGUCCAUCGGCGCACCCGACACUUCCGCCCGGGCUGCACCACCAGCUUCAACCACCGGCUCGGUAUCUCCACCCAUCGCACCUUCCACCUUCGGUCCAUGCGUUGCCGUCGUCGUAUCGCUUGCACGCGGCCGCGGCGGCAAGAGAGGAAUGGGGCACUUCUCAUGUCCCCCGAUCGGCCCUCGUCCCGAAUGAAGCAUCGGCCGACUACGAACUCUUCCACCAACAGCGACUGCGCCUCAUGGUACAAGAACGGGAGCGCGCCGGACCGACGCUCUCUCCCGCCGCGUCGCCUGGCCAAGCGAUGCUUACCAAGGAGUUGGAGGCCAACAGCGAACGACAGAAACGACAAGCGAUCAUGCAGAACGGAUGGAAGGACGCGGCAGCUGCGUCCGGCGAUGGAUCGCUGGCAGAGGACGCUGCGCCAAGUGCGGCGGCAUACAUUGACCAAGAUGACAUGGACCACCACGUGGCGUCUCGGUACGCCGAAGACAUGGAGGACUCGGGUCAACACGACCAUUCGAACCACCAUCUUGCGGCUCAUCACCACGCGAUCGACGACUCGCCAGACGAAGAUCCCGACGACGGCGCGUUCAGGAGUAGUUCGGGCGCUCGCCACAUCGUCGUCGCGCUGCCACCGGUCGAGUAAAAAAGGCGCAAAGGGAACGUAAUUGUCGAGUGUAGUUUGAUUUGGUAUGUUCAAUGUCAGUCGUCAUCCAGGGCAUCGUCGUCGUCAAAGUCGUCAUCGUCGUCUUCGAUCGAAAUUGAUAGCUGCGACAGGCCGUACAA